AUGUCAAAUUACGCCAAGUACAGGGACGCCUAUGCCAACCCUAAAGGUGCUGGAGAUGCAAGGCCAACUGCCCAGGACAUCAUCGAUCAGGAGGACCUGCGAGGCAAAUGGACAGAUAAGGUCGUCAUGAUCACAGGGGCUUCGGCGGGCAUUGGAGUCGAGACUGCUCGUGCCAUGGCCACUACCGGAGCUAGGAUAUAUCUUCCCGUCCGCAGCCCUGGCAAGGCUCAAGAAGCCCUGCGUGAUCUCAUCGAAACCGAUCAAGUCAAGCUACUUGAAGUGAACCUCGGCUCCUUUGAUAGCGUACGCAAGGCUGCCGCCGCCUUCUUGAGCAAGGAAAAGGUUCUUCAUGUCCUCAUCGAAAACGCCGGCAUCAUGGCGCCGCCAGAGGGCCGUACCAAGGACGGCUUCGAGACCCAGUUUGGAGUCAACCAUCUAUCUCACUUCUUCCUUCUCAACCUCUUAAAGGACGCUCUCAUAGCGGGAUCAACCCCCGAGUUCAACUCGCGUGUCGUCAUCCUCUCAUCUAGCGCGCACCACACGUCAUCUGUCCGCCAGAGCAAGACAGCCAACCUGUGGACAGCCAAUCACUUUGACCGCCUCUACGGGUCCAAGGGCGUCCACGCCUACAGCCUCAACCCUAGCGUUGUGCGCACGUCUCUCGGCCGCUUCAUGCCCAGCGAGGCAGUCAAGGCUGCGUUUGAAAACCAGGCUACACUCAGGGAGGAGAGAAACAUUCCCCAAGGAGCCGCCGUGUCUGUGUAUGCAGCUACCGUGAAAGAACUUGAGGGUAGAGGCGGCUUGUAUCUGGAAAAUCUAGCCCCCUCUGAGCCUGCCAAGCCUGGUCCUGUCACAGAGGAACCAGGCUAUGCUCCAUGGGCUUUCGAUGAGGAAAAUGAAAAGAAGCUAUGGGAUCUUUCCUUGCAGUUGGUUGGCCUAGCCUAG